AUGAUCACGCUGGUAGCUUGGACUGUGUUCGCCACCGUGACCUUUGCCUUGACAGCGUGGUUUUCGUCGACGACUUUCGUGCUUAACACUGGGUAUGAGAUUCAAUCGAGAUUUCAUGUCUCCUUUGCAAACACCGUCAUAAUCCUGCGGAUCCUUCAGGGCGUAACAUCAUGGGCUACUUCAAGCGCCGUUGCCGUGUCAUUCGAGACGGCUAUGUGGGCUUCGACAACUUCCGCGGCAGGUUCUCGUAUAUUGACCCUGCUGACCAUCUCACCAAUGACUGGAGUCACCGGGGUCCUAAAGUUGAUCUGCUCAAAAGCUACAACGGGAAUAGCCCGCGCUUGGGGGUCCGCAAGUAUGACCCUCCAUUCCAAAUCCUCGAGUAUUGACGAAAUAUUACCAGUCAACACUUCUGCCACGACUUCGUACUAUCCCAUCAAUACUUUCGACGUCCUUGCUGGGACGGGGCCGUUCAACGGAUCCCUUAUCGGCCCUUUUUUGGAGGAGUUCAACACUACCAUCCCAUACUUCGCAAUUGCAGGCUCAUACUCAUUUGUCAACGACCCUGCAUUCUCAAUAUCUAUAGAGCCGUCGUCUUGCGCUGGUGAAAUGACGCCUUGCAACUCCUACCUUUUUCCUGGUGGUAUCUAUCUGAUGUGGCCCCAACUUAACAGUAGCAUGCCGGUUGACACAGUUAUCAGCAUCGAGAAUGCCCCAGCGAUGCGGGUAGACUUCGCGAAAGGAUUGAGUUCGAACGACAAUUUCUUCUUGGCAGCCGACUGCACAACGUACGGAGAUGGUCCUGUAGCUAGGCUCGCUGCUUCUCUCUUCACUGUUGAUGCAAAAGCGCUCAUGAUGGAUCUAGGUAUCUAUGUCUGUGGGAAGGGUACCUUGAAUGGAGAAUGCCUCGUUGCAUUAGACUCAGGGUCAACAUCCAAUGUGACCACGGCAUUCUCGAUAUCGAGUUACACAGCUUCCAGCAUCAACAGCGUAUCUAACAAUACAAUAUUGUCAGCUUUUGACUUAGCAAGUCAAAAUACAAUGUAUUCGAUUGAUGCUCGGGCUUUGAGUCUAGCAGUCGGAUGGCUUUUAAACUACACGGCAGCGAAUCUACCAGUGGAAUCAUCACUAGACUUUCAGUUCUGGGAAACAGGCUCAGAUGAAUACCUGGACAUCUGGGAGAUAAAUGCCUACACCAUGCUCAAGAGUAUCAUUGGAUUCAUCCUCUGGGAGUUUAACGCCAAUAAUAACGGCAAUCCAGCCGUGUCCAACACGGAAUCAAAUGACCAGACGCCUGACCUACCGGCGGAAUUCCACACCACAGCAUCCAUUUGCCUGCCAUUUGCGAGAUUCAUUUUAGACAGAACAUAUUUUGUGGCAUACAUUGUACUUCAAUCAACAGCUCUUGCUUUCUGCUGGGCAAUGGUACUCUGUGGCUUUGUAAUUCACAGGCAAAUACCAGCUACAACGACAUUUCCAGUGGUUGACUUCGGAGCAAAAUUGCGUCAGAUGGACCGCGCUGACGGAAGAUUGUUUUUGGAGGUUGGAAGAGAGGAUAGCGACAAACAAAUUACACACGCCCUUCAACGAGUCCGAGUAACAAGCCACUGCAUGAAGAAGGAGGAUUUCAGACUUCUCGUGAAAGAGGAGCGGGUCAAUCAUCCUCAAAUACGAAGGAGGUCAUCAUGGCCGUAA